AUGGCGGACAUGAUAUCGGACUCGAAUACUGAACAAAAAGACGUUAAAGAAUUGUUAUUAAGAAUUGACGAACAGAAAGACGAAACAUUGCAUGUUAUGAAUCAACUCGAGGAUAUUUAUCAGCGAAGCAAAGAAUAUGAAAAUGCUAAAAAAGUAAAUGAUGAAGCGGAUGCACUGGUCGAUCAAGUGGAAUAUGAAACAAGUUCAGCGCGUAUGUUUUUAACAUCGUUGGCAAAGAAACAGUGGAGUUCAAGCGCAGUGACGGUAACAAGCAGCAAAGAGUCGAACGUGGGCGAGACUUCAAAACAGAGGCAAGAUGAAGAUGAAAGGAGAAAAAAUGCGGAACUUUGGGCACGUAUGCGAAACGAGGCAGAAGUUCAAAAGAAAAGAGAAUUGUUAGAAGAACAAGAAAAGCAACUACGAACAGCCGAAGAGCAAGCAGAGAAAAAACGUCAAGAGUUAGUUGUAUUAGAGAAGGGGAAUAAUGAAGACAAUGAGAAUCAACAAAAUAGCGAACAGUCAAACACAGUAGAAAGAAUCGAGGUCAAUGAAACCCCAAUGAGAACAGCUCAGAUAUCACUUCCAGCAAACAGUAACACACCUACCAGAGGGGCGGGGGCGACUACGUCCCAAGCACAAUUGGAGAGAAUUCGGAUUCCAGUAUUUUCAGGUAACAAAAUGGAUUUUCAAAAAUGGCAUGCAGCAUUUAUAAGCUGUGUUGAUUUAACAUCCCUUUCACCACAAUUCAAAAUGCUACGUUGGGAUGCUUGUCUUACUGGUGAAGUAGCAGAGACUAUAAAAGAAUUGGGAUAUUCAACAGGGGCGUAUGAAGCAGCAAAAGCACGCCUGGUUCGCAAAUACAGUGGCAGUCCGAGACAAGUACAAUCGCAUUUGGAUGAGUUAAAGAAAUUAAAACCCCUCGAAGAGAACAAUCCAAAAGAAUUGGAAAAAUUUGCAGAUAUUUUGGAACGAGCUGUAAUUACUCUGAAAGAAAAUGGUCGCGAGUCAGAUUUGGAGAGUGGAACAUUGCGUACAAUAAUAUUGGGAAAAUUCCGGAGCGUUUACUUGCACAGUAUUACCGUUGGGUAA